UUGAUGUAGACUAGUGACUAAUCCAUACUCCGUUCCCCCUCGGAUUAAUAUUUUUUUAAUUAAUUUUUAUCCAUUAAUUAAAACUCCGAGCUAGUAUUAACGCGAGGAUGGAAGAUCACGAAGCAGAAACCGGGCCGCGCGGCUCGGGCGACGGCGAUCAGCGAGCCGAGCCUGUGCGGUCGAGGUGGACGCCGAAGCCGGAGCAGAUUCUGAUCCUGGAGUCCAUCUUCAACAGCGGGAUGGUGAACCCGCCCAAGGACGAAACCGUCCGAAUCAGGAAGCUGCUCGAGAAGUUCGGCUCCGUCGGCGACGCCAACGUCUUCUACUGGUUCCAGAACCGACGCUCGCGCUCGCGCCGCCGCCAGCGCCAAAUCCAGGCCAGCCUCGGCGCCGCCGGGGACGUCCAGCCGCAGCCUCGCGCAAUUCACAACGGGAAUUCCAUAGCCGGCGCGUAUUAUAAUCCGGCGGCGCUGUGUAGCUACCCGAUCAGCAACGGGCCGGGCUCCUCGUCGUCCAUCGGGCUUGACUCUGCGAAUGCUGGCGGUUUGUUCUCGUUUCCGGGGCAGCAAGGCGGGCUACAGGAGCUCCAGCACGGCUCGGGUUUCGGGUUGCAAGACAGCCCCAAUUUGCAUUACCAAUCCGGGGUGAUAACGGUAUUCAUAAAUGGAGUAGCGACGGAGGUGGGGAGGGGGCCGGUGGACAUGAAAGCGAUGUUUGGAGGGGAUUAUUUGUUGAUUCAUUCGUCGGGAGUAGCAGUUGAGGCGAAUGAGCAUGGAUUUCUGCUGCAGCAUGGUGAAAGCUAUUUUCUGGUUCCAAGACAUUCUUGAGUUUCAGAGCUUCGAUCUUCGCGGAAAGUAAAAAUUGAGCAAUAUUCUCUCCUUUUUUUUAGCAUAAUAAUAGUAUCUUCAUUGUCUCGUUUUUGUAAUAUGAUCCAGAAUUUUUGUCUUUGUUUAUUUUUGGGGUUAUCUACACUUGUUUUUGUAGAAAUUACUUACUUUUGCGCUUGAUUAUUCAAAUCCAGAUGUACUACAAAUUCUGCUAAUAAAAUGGAUCAAUUCUCAAUUUCAAGAACAA